AUGUAUUCUCCAACUUUUUUUAACGAUAGUCGAUCAAGAAUUCAUAGAUCACAUUCUUCUACUUAUCGUAUACAACCUCAUUCAAAACGGAGAGUUGCCUACUUUCAUAAUAAAGAUGUUGGAUCCUUUCACUUUGGACCUCAACAUCCGAUGAAACCAGAACGUUUAACUUUGACUAACGAUUUAGUCAUUGGUUAUCGUUUACAUGAAAAAAUGGAUAUUUUUUGUCCUCCGGGGGCUACCGAUGAAGAAUUAAUGGAAUUUCACGCUAGUGCAUAUAUAAAAUUUUUAAAAGAGGUUACAACAGAGAAUGCAAAACAAUUUUCAAAAGAUUAUUUUAAUAAAUUUAAUAUUAAUGAAGAUUGUCCAAUAUUCUCUGGUGUAUAUGAUUAUUGUAAAAUAUAUGCGGGAGCUUCUGUCGCUGCUGCAGAACGUUUAGCGUCUGGUGUAUCGGAUAUAUGCGUGAAUUGGAGUGGAGGAUUACAUCAUGCAAAACAAUUUGAAGCUUCGGGAUUUUGUUUUGUUAAUGAUAUAGUAUUAGCUAUUCAACACUUAUUAAGGUAUUAUCCAAGAGUUUUAUAUAUAGAUAUUGAUAUACAUCAUGGAGAUGGUGUACAAGAGGCGUUUUACCUUACCGAUCGAGUAAUGACUGUUUCAUUUCAUAAAUAUGACAAUGGAAAUUAUUUUCCGGGAACAGGAGAUUUCGAUGAAAUUGGUACAGGAACGGGAAAAUAUUUUAGUUUAAAUGUUCCACUUAAAGAUGGUAUGGACGAUGAUAGUUAUAUAGUAUUAUUUAAAGACAUUAUAACAGCAGUUAAAGAUAAAUAUCGACCAAGUGUUAUUGUAUUACAAUCUGGAGCUGAUUCACUUGGUAAAGAUAAAUUAGGUGGAUUUAAUCUUAGUAUUAAAGGACAUGGAGAAUGUGUUAGAUAUGUAAAAAGUUGGAAUAUUCCUUUACUUGUUCUUGGUGGAGGAGGUUAUACCGUGAAAAAUGUUGCAAGAUGUUGGGCAUAUGAAACGAGUAUUUUAGUUGAUACCGAAGUAUCGGAAGAAUUAUCACCUGAUGUAACAAAUUUUUAUGCAUUAUUUGGACCAGAUUAUUCAUUACAUCCUCAACUUGUUAAUAAAGUGGAAAAUCAAAAUUCCAAGAGUGAUUUACAAAAAUUAACUCAACAAGUUUUAGAACAUUUAAAAGCAUUAGAUGGAGCUCCAAGUGUACAAAUGCAAGAAAUGCCAACAGAAAUUUAUGGAAAUUUGGAAAAACAUGAUAAUGAAUUAAAAGAUCUUCGCGAAGAAAGGCGAGCGGAUUAUAGACUUAGACAAAGAUUGAUUUGGCAUGAUAAUGAAUACUUUGAUGAUGAAAAUGAUCAUGAUAAGGAUCAAUUGAUAGAUGAAGAAAAUGGAUGA